CCGCGGCUGGAGCUCGCAGGCCGCGCCCGCGUAUCAAAAAAUCUCCCUCAAGUAAUAUUAUGUUAUAAUGAGCUUCAAAAAUACCUGACUUUAGUGGCUGGUGUUUACAGAUAGGUGCGCAGGAUUCUAACACAUGUGGCAAAAAGGCAUAAGGUUCGAUACAGCGUGGCACAAACCAGGAUAGUUGGUUGAUUCUUUCUGCGACGGAAUGAUAGGAGGGUUGGUUGGUAUGUGACGGGGGCGUAGUAAGCGGCAUGCGGGCCGAGCGCUCGAGGCGAGCCGUGCUCGCCGGGCUCGUGGCGCUGAUAGCGCUCGGGCCCUGCUCGGCCGAGCUCGAGAUUACCACCGCUAUUGCGUUUGAUCCAUCAAAACGCGGAGGGGCCAUGUAUGGCGAUGGAUGUUCUACGUGGAUAGAAUGCGGGUUUGCGGAUUCCAUAUGUGACAGCGUGCAGAAGACUUGCCGCUGCCAUCCAGAGUUCUCCGUCACAAACUAUGUGGAUAAGUGUGGAAAACCGGCCGGAAUCAAUGAGACGUGUUCAUUUAACCAACAAUGCGAAGAGGCAGUGCUCAUGACUGAGUGCAGAAAUGAGCGCUGCGUCUGCUUGUACGAGAUGGUCGCCGAAUUGACAGUCGACGGCGGUUUCGCUUGUAAUCCGGUGAAACAAAUUGAAGAAUCGACUCGUACUUUGGACCCUGCAAUGAUUGGUGUGUUGGUUGGCAUGGCCCUGAUGUUUGUCAUCAUUUGCGUCGUGCUUCGUCUCUUUAGCCGAGCAAGAUGGAGGGAGAACCGCACCAUUUUCAAUACACCGAAUCCUCGACUAAUGAACGUCUCACUGCUACGGGAUUCUAAGCUUUUGCACUCUCAGGACAGGCGCGGCUCUCGCGUUAGCGUGCGUCCUCCUUCGAGGCAAGCCAGCCAACAAGAACUCAGGCCCCAUUCACCGAGUCCUGCACGACCUCACCAAAGCCAUCAGCUACACCGAAAAACCUCAGGAUCUAGACGCGGAUCAAGAACUAGCAGUGGACAUUCCGCAACCUCUCUAAGAUCUGCUACACUCAGAUCACCAACUGCUCCGGGACCUACAUCUGUUACCGUUGAAAUACGAGCACCAGAUGUUUAAAUACAUAAUAAUAUAAAUGCAAGCAAUAACAAUUUGUCAAUAUAUAAAAAAAACAUAUGAAGAUAAAGAUCUAUUAAAUGGAGUGACAUAUAUUUAGGAUGGAAUAAUAUAGAAGUUUAGUCAAAAAUCAAGUUUGAGACAAAUUCAAUUGUUUCGAUUCCAUUCGAAACGAUAUUCAGUCCAAAUACUUACGAUAUUUGUGAUAAACUUCGACAUUAUAUUUAGCUUAUAUGAUUCGAUUAUUAAGACUUCUUGCUAUAUUGUAGCAAUAACGUGCACUAUUACAUUCGUCAUAAAUUCAGCCACUUGAUAAGUGCCUCAACAUUGAAUGCGUGAAGUCGAUCAUUAAUUAUAAUAUAUAAAAAAAAGAAAUUUUAAAAUAUAUUACACAUAGAUUUAUAACAGUUUAUUGUCAAAUAGUUUUAUCACUCUCGUUUCAAAUGGACACUUUUUUAAUAUUAAAUAUAGAGCACUAAAUAAAUAUAUUCAAAUGUAUCCAUAGUUAACUAAAUAGAUAAUGAGUGAAGAUUUUUAGCUUUUUUGGCAAUGAUGAUUCGCUUUUUGGCAUUUUCGUAGUAAAAUAGUUUAAAGUCUAUUAUUAAAUUUAAGUCUUAGCUCAUCGUUUCUAAUUAAUCUUCUUAUUUAAAAACCCUUAUAAGAAUGCUAGAUUUGUGAUUCCCUGCCUUAGAUGUUUAAUUAGGUCACAGUUCGAAGUAAGCAGAUAAAUUAGAUCUAUAUAUUUACGGGGACCACCUCCUUCGACGGGAGUGAUCUGAGUUUUGAUUUAAGACAGUAGUAGAUUAGAUAAUGAAAGCUUCGAUGCCGCUUUCAAUUUAAGAAUUUCGACUCUUAGCUAUAAUUUGAAAUGACGUAGCUUUUCGUAAGCCAUUUCUAUGAGAGAGAGUUGUGAAUCGAUUCUAAGUAUUUUAUUUCUUGUAUUUGUUUAGUUUUUAGUGUUUCCUAAUUAAUAUUGAGAAUAAUGUGUAAAGAUGGGGAAAUUUACACAUAUUAGGUAAGGCUUCGUCGCACCGUUGAAGCUUUGACCAAAUGUAUCGCAAAACGCACAAGCGAAAUAACGAAAAGUGUAGAUCAUUUAUUAUGAAUAAUUUGUAAUCAAUAAAGGCAUCUUAGAUAAUUUCAUAAUGUCAUCAGAUGCGAGUGGUACAGUAAUUAAAGGGGAAGAAUUUCUGUAUCACUCGUAUAGUAAAUUGAUCUCAUUUUUUGACGAUGCAAAUAAUAAAUACGAUGUAAGCCAUUUGUAUCUUUAACUAACUAUGCUCACAAUAUAUUAUAUAUUUCGAACACUGUGCUAGUUUAUAUAUCUAUUAAAAUGCUGUAAUUUACUUAUAUAAAAUUUUAUUAUAACUUAUACUUCUGA